AACACGGAACCUCCCCGCCCUUUUCAUUUUCGCCGUGAAUGAAAAACAACCAAGAGAACUGGUCCUCCCCCUACGGCGAGCGCGGUGGUACAGCCCACGUAGCCCGCGACCUGCCCGGGACGCGGCGAUCCUCUGCCGGCCCCCUCGGGUAGUUUCGCGGUCCGCGCUUAAGGGGGCGGCUCUGUCCCGACCGUCACAAUCGCGGCCGGCUGCUCCGAAUGUAAAUUUUGUAGAGUGACAGACUGGGCUCUGCUUCCAAGAGGUUUAUAAUCAAAGGUGCCUUUGUUAUGUCAAAAAUACUUCCUGGAAGGAGCCCGGCUGAAGACCUUCUUUUGACUGUCCGUGAUGAAGGCUCUCAACCAAGGAACUGGGGCUUAUUGGUCACUGGCAUUCUCGGAGGCUCAUUAGUGGCCCUGUAUUCAAUUGCCACCCCGUUUCUUGCUCCAGCCCUGAGGAAGCAUUGCCUGCCAUUUGUGCCUGCUACGCCAAAGCAAAUUGACAAUGUCCUGCACAUGCUGAAGGGCAGAAGUGGAUCCUUGGUGGACAUAGGCAGCGGGGACGGACGCAUCGUAAUCGCAGCUGCAAAAGCUGGUUUCAAAGCUGUUGGUUAUGAACUGAAUCCCUGGUUAGUGUGGUAUUCCCGAUACUGUGCUUGGAAAGGAGGGGUGCAUCACAGUACUAAAUUUUACGUUUCGGACUUAUGGAAGGUCAGUUUUUCCCAAUAUACAAAUGUCGUUAUUUUUGGAGUACCUCAAAUGAUGCCACGACUAGAGGAGAAGCUUGGAGAAGAACUGCAGCUGGAUGCUAAAGUGGUCGCAUGUCGUUUUCCUUUCCCCCAUUGGAAGUCGAGUCAUCAGGCUGGAGAGGGCAUUGACAGAGUGUGGGGAUAUAAUUCAGAGUCUUUCAGAAUGAACGGAAAGAUGACUCAGCUGUGACCAAGCAUAUUCCCUCUGAUUGCUUGAAGUUACAGAAGUAUCGUUCUGAUGACUUGAUCCAAAUGUACAUGAGAAAUGUACAUGACUGUGUGCAGUGACUGCGCGAGCGGGUCUUCUCUGUCUUCCCCCAGCAGCCCCCACAUGUCCCCAGAUCAUGGGGCCUUUAUGGCACGGGCUGCACUGAGGUGGAGAAGGCCAGAAAAAUCCACUGGUAUGGGAUCCUUGAACAUCCGUCAGUCUGGUCCCACGCUGUGGAAUGGUGAAUGUAGUUGUUUUCUAGAUUGACACAAUUCUACUGGUUUUGUGUGAGAACAUUUUGGAAGUAAUAGCAAAGGGGAAAAAAAGUUUGCCAAGUAUUUCUUAGGCAUGGUAUCCUAAAAGAUCAAGGAAAGCUUCAGCCAUCCACAAAAUGCAUGUACAUAACUCGCCCCCCACACACCAAUCAUGUUACAGAUCUGUGCAGUAAAAGUUAUCUGCCCUGAGCAAUUUGGAGCUCUGUUUUGGUGCUGCUUGUUCAGCAACCCAACCUCUUGCUUGUUUCUCUGCCCUCUCCCUGCUGUGGGAGAUGUACUGCACUGAGCCGCUUGCCACUCAUCCCUUUGCCGGCAUCUGCCCUCUUCUUGCAUCUCUUCAACUCGGCACCUUCUCAGUCUUUGGGGCCAGGUCUGGGUGAGUCACUAUAUGAAGAAAAUUUGGACUUGUGGGUCACCAUACCCCAAAAGGUUGGGAACCACUGGUGUAAAACAUCAGAAGCCGUAACUACAAGUACUCUUAAUGUUUUUAAAUUAAAAAGAAUUUAUUAAAUAGCUUUAAUAAAAUGAAACCUUCAUCAAAACGAAGGUACGCUAUUUUCUUACAGAUCAAUUCUAUUGUACUGCCUUUACCUUAUCUUAAAGUAAAAGGGCUAGGGACUUAAAAAACAAAACACAGCAGCUUAACCUUCAGAGAACGGGCCUAGAACAUCCCUGAAGAAUCCAGGUCCAUUUCUCCUGUGUGUGUCUGUGAGAGGCAAGAGAUUUCCAGAUGAGGAGAGGGGUGUAUCCUUCCAUAAUUCAUUUCUGUUCACACAUGAUGUGAUGGUGAAGAGCUGCAUAACAUGCCGUCAGCUGUGUUGUGUCUCUUUCCUCUUAAAGGCAACUGGAAGAGCUUUUCUCUUUCAAAAGUCACCUCCUCUUCAUCAGGGCAUGCAGUCUAAGCUGCCCAAGCAGGAAAGAAUUGGUGGCUUCUGCUCUGGAAUAAAACGGGGUCCCCAAACCCAAAGCCAUGUGACAUGUUUAGCAGGACCCAACCAAAAUGACGCAGCACAGUAUGCAAGCUUUUGCGUUCUUCCAAAAUCUUCAUCAGGCUGGGUAUUAACAAACGAAAGAAAGGCACGUGGGGUAUGUGUGUUCAGGCCCUGAGUUUAAGGCCCCUUCCCUGCAUCCAGUAUAGAAUGCAGCAAAGGUUUGAAUAGGGAAAGCCAUAAGGCACGCAAGGAGCUGGUGUCAAGAGGCACUUGUGACCUUCUGGCCCAAAGGAAAAGGACAGGACUGGCUCUGGUUCCUGGUUGACACCAGCUGACUACGUUGGUAUUUUAUAUAAUAAGACCCCAAAGGGCCCUAAACAGUGCGUACACAAGAACUGUCGUGUGUAUUUUGAAAACUUAGCUGUACAAAAAUAGGCAUUUGAAUUGACAUGGAUGAACAUACACAAGCCACGAUAAUUGUUAACCAAGUACCUGUGUGUGACUCAUUCAACUCAUUUUGGGAUCUCCAUCCAAUUUCAUGGUUUGUUACUGAAUGUCUGUCUCAUCUGUUAACAAAUAAAGAAAUCAGUUGCUUGCACAGUGA